GCAAGAGGUCGCUGCGGUCCUAAGCAGUCGCGGGUGUGUGAAGGAGCCUUUACGCUGCGACGCAAAUGUGCGAGUCGGCCUUUACGUGCAUUGGCGAGUGUUAACGGCUGCAACUCUUGCGUUUUCCCCCCGCCAGACGCGCAAAGUCUGGAGCUAAACGUAACGACGGUGAGCUUCCUGUGCAGCGACUGCGGGAACCUCUUCUUCACGCUGGCCGACUUGGACGAACACCGGAGGCGGACGCACCAGGAGUCUGAUUUGGGUCAAGUGACCAAAAUCGAUCCCCAGAGGAAGGACGAGGAGUACCGGUGUCGCUUCUGCACCUAUUGCAGCGAUUUGCCGUCUGACGUGGCCAGGCACGAAACAUUGCACGUCAGAAAGGUGUCUGCCCCGGGGCAGCAGAUGCCCUACCGGUGCCAGAUGUGCGGCAAGGGCUUCAAGCUCUCAAGCAGCCUCAAGACGCACCAGCGCACCCACACGGGAGAGAGGCCGUACAAAUGUGAGACGUGCGGCUACCGCUUCACUGUGGUGUCCAACCUCAUCCGGCACCGGAGGACUCACACAAACGACAAGCCGUUCACGUGCGACAAGUGCAGCAAGGCAUACUCCCGCAACGAGGAUCUCUUGGCGCACGGCAGAACUCACUGUAGGGCAGCGGUCUAGUUUUGGAUUCCUGGCAGUUGUCGUCUGCAACCCGUGGCGUCUGGUUUUCGGGGCCAUUAAAAGAUUUGGAUUACAGGGUUCUGCAGCGAUUCUUCCUUAUGUGGACAUGGUUUACAGUGAUCUACAGAGAACAAUAUUUUCUGCAUAAAGGCCCAUUCAGGCACUU